AUGCUUUGCUCUUUUUAUACUAAAUUUAUCCAACUUCUUUCUUUUCUUUUUUUUAAUAAUAAAUUGAAUAUUUUUUCCUUCUUUCUCAACAUUUUUCUUUCUUUCUUUCUUUCUUUCUUUCUUUCUUUCUUUCUUAUCAUCUUCCUCUUCUUGUUAAAUUUUCUUUUGUUCCUUUUUAAUGUUUCUUUUAUAUUUUAUGAUAAUAAUAAUAUCGACGAUAGUGUUAUUUUAUUUUUUAGCCUAAAGAAUUCCUUGUUGUCACACAAGCGAAAGCCAGAACCCCAAAAGGCAGAGGAAGAUGAGCGUCUGAGACAAUCUAUUUCAAUCGUGGAACUUCCACCACCUUCAUCUCUUAGCCCCGUAGUCAUUGUCGUCAUUACUACUACUACUACUACUGUUACUACUACUACUACUACUUACCACGACUACCAUGGGCACCUUUUCAUCCCCCUUCUUGCUAUCGCUUUCUUUCUCUUUUCGCGUGUUCCUCACCAAGCAUCCCUUUUUAGGAACUUUUCGACAUCCACAUCUAUCUAUCUAUCUAUCUAUCUAUCUAUCUAUCUAUCUAUCUAUCUAUCUAUCUAUCUAUCUAUCUAUCUAUUUCUGUUAAACUUCACUCAGCUUAAACAAAUCUAUCUAUCUAUCUAUCUAUCUAUCUAUCUAUCUAUCUAUCUAUCUAACGAAGAAACAAUUCGUAAAAUGUUUGGCUUUUUUUAA